GAUAAAAGGCUGGAGUGUGGAUUGCACCUCAUCUGCUGGCCGGCUCAAGAUGGACAAAAGUAGGGAAGGCGUGGAGGGGGACGUCAAAUGGGAAAACAAGAUCCAGUACAUGCUGACCGCUAUCGGCUUUGCGGUGGGAAUCGGGAACGUUUGGCGUUUUCCCUACUUGUGCCAAAUCUACGGAGGAGGAGCCUUCCUCAUCCCCUACCUGAUAGCGCUGGUGUUUGAGGGUCUCCCCCUGCUCUACCUGGAGAUGGCCAUAGGGCAGAGGCUGCGCAAAGGAAGCAUCGGAGUCUGGAGGUCCAUCUCGCCUUUUCUGGGGGGAGUUGGCAUCGGCUCUAUGGUUGUGUCUUUCCUGGUGUGCAUGUUCUACAACACCAUCCUGGCCUGGGUGUUUUGGUACUUUUUCAACUCCUUCCAGAACCCUCUACCUUGGAGCCAGUGUCCACUCAACGUUAAUCGCACAGGCGUGGAUGUGGAAUGUGAGAAGAGCACGGCAGUCAAUUACUUCUGGUACCGUCAGACGCUCAACAUCACGACUGACAUCGAGACCAGUGGUUCUCUGCAGUGGUGGUUGGUGGUCUGCCUGGCCUGCGCCUGGUUGUUGAUCUAUCUCUGUAUCAUCAAAGGAAUCCAGUCCAUGGGAAAGGCAGUUUAUGUGACAACCACCUUGCCCUAUGUGGUCUUGACCAUCUUUCUGAUCCGUGCCCUUACCCUGCCUGGAGCUGCGGAUGGACUGGUCUAUCUCUUCACUCCUGAUUGGGAGAUACUGAAGAACCCUCAGGUGUGGCUAGAUGCUUCCACCCAGAUCUUCUUCUCUCUCUCAGUGGCCUUUGGAGGCAUCAUAGCGAUCUCCAGCUAUGCCAAUGAACAAAAUGACUGCGAAAAGGAUGCAGUCGUCGUGGGAAUAAUCAACAGUGCCACAUCUCUUUAUGCAGCCAUCUCCAUCUUUUCCAUUCUGGGUUUUAAAGCCAACAGCGGUUUUAACACCUGUCUUAAGGAAAACAUCUUGACUUUGACCAACCACUUUGAGUUUUCCGAUCAGAACAUAACAACCGAGAACUACGACCACUGGGUUGAGUAUCUGAAUUGGACCAGUCCUGUCGAGCUCUCCAGCUUGCAACUGAGAGACUGUGACCUAAAAACAUUCCUUGACCAGAGCGCUUCUGGAACCGGCCUGGCUUUUAUCGUGUUCACUGAAGCAGUGCUGGAGAUGCCUGGAUCGCAGUUAUGGGCUGUGUUGUUUUUCCUGAUGCUCUUCAGCUUAGGUUUGUCCUCCAUGUUUGGCAACGCGGAGGGAGUCCUCAAACCCCUUGCUGAUCUGGAGCUGUUGCCCAAGUCGGUGCCCAAUGAAGUUGUGACAGGGCUCUUCUGCUUGAUUUCCUUUUGCCUUUCUCUCAUCUUCACCAUGGGCUCUGGGAACUACUGGGUGGAGGUCUUCAACAGCUAUGUGGGCUCCGUCCCCUUGCUCAUCAUUGCAUUUUUCGAGACAGUCGGAGUGGUGUACAUCUAUGGAAUGAAAAACUUCAGCGAGGACAUCUAUUUCAUGACUGGGAAGAGACCCAAUGUUUAUUGGAAGAUUUGUUGGACUGUUAUCAGUCCUUUAUUGCUCCUGGUAGUACUGGUGGCGUAUGUGGUCCUCCAAACUCAGAAACACCCCACAUACUUUGCAUGGAACCAAGAUUAUAAACUCUUUCCCAAAACCGAGGUCAAGCCUUACCCAAAUUGGGUGUUUGCCAUCAUCGUGCUGCUCUGUGUAAUGCCCGUGAUCUCCAUCCCCCUGGUGGCUCUCUACAAAGGCAUCCAAAAGAUCAUGACCAUGUCUUCUAGACAUGCAGACCCGAACCCUUACAGCAAUGGCGGCUUUCAGAUGGAAGCGCAGUAACCUUGGCAUUACUGGGUGCAGCAGUAACAACUUUUGUUUAUCAGUACCGUAUUUUUCGGACUAUAAGUCGCAGUUUUUUUCAUAGUUUGGCCGGGGGUGCGACUUAUACUCAGGAGCGACUUAUAUAUGUUUUUUCCCUUCUUUAUUAUGCAUUUUCGGCCGGUGCGACUAAUACUCCG